AUGGAACGUCAAUAUGAAGCGGAAGAGAGACGGCAGCUCCGUGAUAUCGCCGACAAGUGGGAAUAUACAGAGGAUGAGGCCAUGCAGAACAACGCACUAAAAGCUUUGGCAGACUAUACAAAACUUUUCCUGAGCCGUAUGAAAAACCCUGAGAUUCAAUCGUCCAAGAGGGAACAUUGGCCAUCAGCUACUUCAAACCGUGGUAAUGAGGUCAACGGUACAUCUGAAAUUUCAAUACCACAUCGUUUCAACCCAAGUAUUCAGUUUCAAAAUGAAGGAAGCAGACAAACUAAAAGGCUAGAAAGUAUAAUGCAGAUUGGAAAUGACCCACUAAGAUUAGAGGAGUUGAUACGUGUGUUUGACCAGCACGUUGUACGCUCAGGUAGCUGUGACAUUGAAUUGAGUGUACUAAGAUGGGUGAAUGACAUCAUCGGAUAUCCCGAGCAAGCCCGAGGAUGCACAGUCUCCGGAACCUCCAUGGGGGCUAUAGUGGCUUUCUCCACAGCCCGCCAUGUUAAACUGGCGGACAGCAGCCAGUUCCGUAGAUCGGUGGUGUACAUGACAGACCUAGCACACUUUUCCCAUACAAGAGCUCUGCGAGUUGUUGGCCUGGCGGACGUUAUUGUAAGACAUGUGCCUACCGUGAAAUACAGAAUGGAUUCCAGAAAACUGGAAAAGCAGAUAAUGGAAGACCGAGAGGCCGGGUUGUAUCCCUUUAUGGUGGUUGGCACAGUCGGCACUACCGGCCUGGGAACGAUCGACCCACUGGGAGAUAUCAGCGAGGUGGCCCAGAAACACGGUCUGUGGUUUCACGUGGAUGCUGCUAUUGGAGGGUGCCUGAUGUUAGACGAGGCUGUGAAGAAGCGAUGUGAAGGGAUAAACAUGUCCGACUCUGUGGCAUUGGAUUUUCACAAAUCCCUCUCGGCCCCAUAUGGAUCGGCCGCCGUGCUUGUACGGGAUGGGAAACUUUUGAAGUGGGCAAUGGCAAGAGACAGCGCCCCGUUUAUUUCAGAUUCAACUGACGAGGACGGUUAUUCACCGACUGACUUCGGUUUCGAGUUGACCCGACCCUUCAGAGCAUUUCCGGUGUGGUUUAUGUUGAAGAGUCUGGGCACAGAGAUGAUUAAAACGGCGUUGCGAGAAAAAGUGCGACUAACGAAAUACGCCUUCAAAUCAAUUCGUGAUAUGGCCGAUGUUGUCACGUGCACGGAGCCCGAUCUGACUGUCAUCGCCUUCCGGUACUUUCAACCUGGCAGUGAAGACGGAAAUGACGUCACGCGCAAAUGGCACGAGCUGAUAGCCAAGGAGGGACAAGUCUGUAUGACACCGACAACAGCAGACGGCUUGUUCUACAUCCGGUUAUGCAUUUUGUCCUUCCGUUCCCACAUCGAGGAUGUUGACAUCGCAUUGUCCGCCAUCAGGAGGAACUUAGAUGUCAUUUUAAGAGAAAAAGACAUUUUCGUUACAAGACUUUAA